CUGGGGCCGCUCUGGCCGCCGCUCUCGCUGAUCACCGGGGGCAUUGGAGGCUUGGGCUCGGCGCCACCACCGGGGCGAGCGGCGCCGGCCACGAUGGAGGCGGCCGGAGGGGCCGAGGGGGCGAGGUACCCCCAUCGCAUUGUGGAGAUGCUGGAUGUGCCCUUCCUGCCUUUCUGCCUCCUCCUGGGCCUCCUGGGCUUCGUGUGCGUGGCCUUUGUGAGCUCCUGGUGCCAGUACUGGCGGGGGGGCUUCGCCUGGGACGGCAGCGCCCGGAUGUUCAACUGGCACCCGGUGCUCAUGGUGACGGCCAUGGUGGUGCUCUAUGGGGCAGCAUCCCUGGUUUAUCGCCUGCCCGCAUCCUGGAGCGGUCCCAAGCUGCCCUGGAAGGUGCUGCACAGCUCCCUGGCCCUGGCAGCCCUCGCCUUGGCAGCGCUGGGCUUGGUGGCCGUCUUCCGCUUCCACAACGAGCACGGCACCCCCAACAUGUACUCACUGCACAGCUGGCUGGGCAUGGCCACCAUCCUGCUCUUCUCCUGUCAGUGGCUGGCUGGGUUCAGCACCUUCCUGCUGCCCUGGGCUCCCUCCUGGCUCCGGGGGCUCUACAAGCCCGUCCACAUCUUCUUUGGCUCCACCAUCCUGCUGCUGGCCGUGGCCUCCUGCGUGUCGGGCAUCAACGAGAAGCUCUUCUUCAGCCUAACGGGACAGCGCAGUACAAGCUCCUGCCUGCUGAGGCCGUCUUUGCCAACACCCUGGGGCUCCUCAUCCUGCUCUUUGGGGUGCUGGUGCUGGGUGCCCUGGCCCGGCCGAGCUGGAAGCGCCCUGAUGCUGACUGCCCGGACUCCCGUCAGCCACUGCUCGCCGCUGAGCGUUGAUGCCGAUGGAGCAGCCAAGGUCUCUCCCUGCCCUUCCUGGGCUCUUUGGAUCCCAUCACUUCCCUGCCUGCUGUGCUGGAGCAAUCGAGGUCUCUUCUCUGCCAUUCCCGAGCUGUGGAAGCCCAUCACUUCCCUGCCUGCACUGCUGGAGCAGCCGAGGUCUAUCCCUGCCCUUCCCGAGCUUUGGAUCCAUCGCUUCCCUGCUUACUCUGCUGGAGCAGCUGAGGUCUUUCCUUGCCAUUCCCGGGAUCCCAGCACUGAGAUUUAGAUCCCAGCUCUUCCCUGCCGGCUCUGCUGGCCCUGCUCGUGGCCAUCACCUUGUCCUCACCCAGGAGCCUGCACCCAACGCUCCCAAAUCCAUGGGAGGAACACGCUCAGCUGCCCCGCAGGAGAUGCUGCUGCCGUGAGGACAUCUCUUUGCCUCCUUUGUGGCCUGGGGCAGGAUGAGGGCAGCCACAGGGGGAUGCUCCUGCCUGCAUCCUCCUGCUUCCAUGCGGCUGGAAUCUCCUGCCUGGAUUUUGCUGUGCUCCACAAUAGCUCAAAGCAGCCCCCGGAGCUGGCAGAAGCUGCUGGAGGAGCACCCAUGUCCCUGCUGGGGAUGCGGGGGACCCUCACCCCGUGCCUUGCCCUUCACCAGGGUGCCUCUCCCUCCACCCCACGGUGGUGGGACCAGCCCAGGAGCCUCACAGGGCCCUCCUGGCCACCUAAUAAAGCACUGGCUUCUGCAGUG